CUGAGGACAGCCCUGCUCGAUAUGCUGCAACCACCCUGUCUUUUCUCGUAUUGAUAAAAUUCUUAGCGAAAAAACGUCGUGUGCUUUUGUUUUCCUUUGCAAAUCGCUGAUUUAUACAAUCGAGGAAUGUGCAAAGCAGUUGGUAAAUAACUUUUACUUUUUAGUCAGACCCAUUUAAUUGCGAAUUAUGUCGUCCAUUAUUACGCGCAAGGAUGGCGACGUCGACGACCAGAAAAUGUCCAAAAAGCGCGCUGCCGCCUCAGAUUCUGGAGGUGGUGGCGCCAUAGACGCGCCGAAGAAAUCCCGCUUCGAUGUCCUGCAAAAAAAUGGCGGUGCGGGCCAGAAAGAGGAUGCACCUGUAUCCGCUUCGUUGAGUUCCACCCAGAUCAAGCUGAUGAUGGCCCAUGCCCAGCGGGAGAUCGAGGAACGGAAGCGGGCACUGAGUAAUCUGCGAGACAAAGAUCCCUUGUUGGCAUCGGUGCCAUCGAUUGGAAUGCCCGUGGCACUUGCCACCCAGGCGCUGGCCAAAAAACCUACACCGGAGGACUCGGAGAAGGCCAGGAAGAUCGCUGAGUUGCAGGCGCAGAUCAGGGCAAAGCUCACCGGCAAUUUGGUCAACUUGAUUCAACCUACUGCAGUGGCAGCCGCAGCAGCAGCAGCCGCCCAGGCACAAGAGCGUCCCAAACCUCUGAUCUUGGACGAAGAAGGACGAACUGUAGACAAGAGCGGCCGAACCAUCAAUAUACCCACGGUGACACCUACUCUAAAAGCCAACAUUCGCGCCAAAAAACGUGAGGUGUUUCAGCGUCAAUCGGGAUUAGGUGAUCGCGGUGAGCCCGCCACAUCAGCCCAGGAUGAAGCCAUCAAGUACUUUGACGACCGCAUAGCUCUUAAGCCCACUGUUAGGAACAAAAGAACUCUGAGGUUCCACGAGCCAGGAAAAUUUCAGCAGCUGGCUGAACGGAUGCGCAUGAAGAGCCAGCUGGAGCGUCUACAGAAUGAGAUAUCGCAAAUAGCCCGAAAGACGGGAAUCUCGUCGGCCACCAAGCUGGCUUUGAUUGCACCCAAGCAGGACAUGCCCGACGAUGUGCCCGCCAUGGAGUGGUGGGACUCAGUAAUACUCACCCAGGAUCUGGAGACGAUGGACGAGGCAAGCGGUAAGAUAAGCAUACGCCAGACGUCCAUAAGCAACCUUAUAGAGCACCCCACACAAAUGAAGCCGCCUAAUGAGCCCAUGAAGCCUGUGUAUCUACCAGUUUUCCUUACCAAAAAAGAGCGCAAGAAGUUGCGUCGGCAGAACCGUCGGGAGGCCUGGAAGGAAGAGCAGGAGAAGAUCCGCUUGGGUUUGGUUGCCCCACCAGAGCCCAAGCUUCGCAUAUCAAACCUCAUGAGAGUUCUGGGAUCAGAAGCCGUGCAGGACCCCACGAAGAUGGAGCAACAUGUGCGAGAACAGAUGGCUAAGAGGCAGAAGGCGCACGAAGAUGCCAACAAUGCCCGUAAAUUGACCAGCGAACAGAAAAGCGAGAAGAAGCAGCGUAAAUUGAGGGAGGAUACCAGCUGCGGAGUUCAUGUGAGCGUCUAUCGCAUACGCGAUCUGCAGGACAACCAAAGCAAGAAGUUCAAGGUGGAAACCAAUGCAAAACAGUUGCAAAUGACCGGCAGCGUUGUGCUGUUUCGAGAUUGCUGUGUGGUCGUCGUGGAAGGAGGACCUAAGCAGCAGAAAAAGUAUCGCAGACUAAUGCUAACCCGCAUUAAAUGGGAGGAGGACCUGGCCAAGGGUAACGAUGGCCAGGAUGUGCCCAACUCAUGUGUGCUCGUCUGGGAGGGAACUAGUCAGCGCCGGCAUUUUGGAGAGAUUAAGUUUAAGAUCUUUCCCAUGGAGAAAAUGGCACGCGAGUUUUUCCAAAAACACCAGGUUGAGCACUACUGGGAUCUAGCCUACUCAGGGGCUGUGCUAGAGGCCUCUACAGAUCAGCAGUAGAAGUGUUAACAAGCAUUUUAGGAAUUACUAGACUCACAACAUUACUAAAAAUUCAUUUUCGAAAAGAUCAAAGUCUGAAUUGAUGUUUUGAAGCGCUACGCAUUUGAUAUGUUCUCUUUCGGAGCUUUUCGGAACCUAUUAGAAGUGCAAAAAAGUAUAAAUAAAAGUUUUUUCGGAACUCUAAA